AUGGAACUAAAGAAGAUUGCGAUUGUAGGGCCUCGAGGAAGUGUGGGCAAGGAGGUCAUCUCGCAGCUCCUCAAGCACACAGGUCGCUUCCAAAUCACCGCAAUAUCGCGCCAGUCACCAGACUUUCAGUUUCCGACCGAUGCCGACAUUAUCCACAAGCUCGUGGAUUUCGAUUCUUUCGAGUCUCUGAAAGCAUCAUUUCUAGGCAAAGAUGCUGUGAUCAACUGCAUCAACGGCGCAGCUACACAAUUUUUGCCUACCAAACUCAUCAUCGACGCUGCUGUUGAGGCAGGCGUCCGGUUUUACUUCGCCAAUGAGUUUGUUGGCGAUAUCAUGAGAGAAGAAUUUCGUCGCCUGCCAGAACAGUGUGUGGGUGGAAAGGUACGGACCAGGGCUUAUCUCGAAAAAUUGAGCGAGGGUGGGAAGAUUUGUUGGACAGCAUUGAACGGCGGACCUUUCUUCGAUAUGUGUAAAGGCCCCGCUGGCUUCGAUAUCCCGAACCGAAAGGCUCGCAUUUACGGAACGGGUAACACUCCCUUAUUCUGGACUCCUUUGCCCACCAUCGCCGAGACUGUUGUAAAUAUGGUUCUCCACCCGAGUUACGUCGCAAAUCGCGCCGUUCACAUUGCACCCAUAAGAGGAGUUACCCAAAACAGCAUUCUCGCUUGCCUUGAGUCCAUUUUGGAAACGAGGUUUACCGUCGAAAAGGUGGACAUCCAGAAGAUCUUCAGACAUGCAAGUAUUGCGCUCGAAAGGGGUGAUGCAGCGAACGCGAUGAAGGGGUUGGCAACCAGCUAUCAGUUCAUGGAAGGGGAUACUGCGCAAAGGUUUGCCGACCUGGUGAAAGUUGAGCGUUUUGACGUUCCGGAAAUUUCAAUGCAUGUGGCAAUCAGAGAUGCGCUCCAGAGAUAUGGAACCGACUGUCCUGUGGCACAGGCAUUUUUCAAUAUCAAGCCCUGUGAUAUUCAAGAAACCUAG